AAUGCCCUGUUUCAGAGACCGGGCGGCAUUCAUACUCAGAGGAAGGGAAAAGAAUAAUGGCAACAAAUGCGACUGCAACCCCAGACGGUUCUGUUGAGAAAUUUAACCGCUGGCACCUGUUGACCUGGCUUAACAAGUCCCUGGAAACCAAAUUUACCCACAUUGAGCAGUUAUGCUCAGGUGCGUGUUACUGUCAGCUUAUGGACUGUCUCUUCCCUGGAUCAAUCGACUUGAGCAAUGUGAAGUUCCAAGCCUUGCAACAGGAAGACUACAUCUACAACUUAAAUCUCCUCCAAGAAAGCUUCAAAAAAACUGGCAUUGAUAAAACAAUUCCAGUGGAGGCGCUGAUAAAACCAGAGUUCAAGACGAACUUGUCCUUCCUGAGGUGGUUCAAAGGGUUUUUUGUUGAAAAACAGUCAGAUCUGGUGUAUAAUGCUCUGGAAGCCCGGCAAGGCCAGGACAUCCCCAUCCCCAUAACAACUCUACAAGUCCUUCGUAGGAAUGCAUCAGCCCCCCACAGCCCCAGUCAGCAUGGUACAGUGGACAAGCUUGUCAAGGUUGAUACUGACACUGAUGAAGAUACUGUUAUAAGAGGUAGGAAAGGCAUCACAUAUGAUGACCAGUGGAAGGAGACCUACGACUGGGUGGAGAAGAGCUCCCUUGGAGAGAUCUACGCCUAUUGCACUGUGUGUGACAGGAACCUCAACAUUUUCCACACUGGCUUUUUAGACCUUAAACGGCACCAGCAAACCAAGAAGCACAACGGGAACACCCUUCGCGCCAAAUCAGGUAACCUGAAGUCAGAGGGAGAUAGAGGCAGUGGGCUGAAUGACACUCCACCAUGUAGUGAAACCACCCUCCAGUUCAUCCAGGGGCACUGCAGCUCUGUACCCUCAAAGCAGACGAUGAACCAAUUUGCCCGCAAUGUCUUGGGAUUGCAGUACCCCAAGGACAUUGUAACUAUCUGUCAGCAGACUCCUUACUGUAUUUACACGUAUGGAAGAGUGGCCCUGAGGGAGACAAGCACGGCUUCUGUGGUUCUCGCCGGGUUUUUUGAUGUGAAGACAGCGAGGCACCGUAUCAGGCUUCUGGAUGUUCUACAGCCAUCACAUGACGAUGCAGAGGACAAAACAGCUUCAGCUCUGGUUGAGACUUUGAAGAGAUUUGAGCUUCUGACAACUAACCUCGCUGCGGUGUAUAUAGACAGUAGCAAUGCAGCAUCAGAGCAGAUCUGCAGUCAGCUCAGGGAACUUAACCCCAAUGUAGUGGACUUAAGUGGGCUUUACAUGGUGGCCAAUACUGCUUGUCAAGCUGGGGUCAUGGAGCUCCCCAGUCAGGCCCAGGAGCUGAUAGUAGACAUCCACACUCACUACUCAUCCUGUUCCACCCAAAAUGUUAAUCUAAAAGAACUUGUUGCCACUAUUAGCAGUAUGAAUGCGCCUACCCUACCCCUUACCAUGGGCUGCCUUAACUUUUGUGAUCUUGUCAGGAAAAUCACAGGGAUGUGGACAGAUCUAAUUUCCUACUUCAGCUCCUGUGGAGAGGACAAUAAAAAGGCCAUGCUGAUCUGCACCCAGCUCCAGGAUCCCAAACUCAGGGCUACUUUCAUCUUCCUUGACAAGGUCAUGGAGCCCCUCCAGACCUUCCAAACACUCCUCCACAGCCACAGGGGUUCAGCACGAGCCGACCUGGGGCACAUCCUCCAGGAGGCCAGUAGCCUGCUGAGCUCUUACACCUCCAGUUUCCUCAAUCCUCAGGCUACGGUGCGCUUCCUAAAGGAACGAGACACUGAGCUCCUCAAGACCAAGAAGUUUCAGCUGCCAGAGGCAGAAGUCAACAUGGGAGGGUCUGCAGUUAUAGACUUUCUCCAUAAUUCAGAGGCAGGGGAACUCCUGCCGUCAUUGCAAAAAGAAGCUGUGUUGUUUUACACAGCACUUACAGCCAAAUUAGCUGAGGGCUUACCUCUUAGUAAUGGAAUCCUGACAAGCAUUGCCCAGCUGCUUAACCCCAAGAGCAGGUUGAAAGUAACAGGAAAGGCAGUGGGAGAGCUAGGCUCCAAACUAGGGCUCUGUGCCUCUCCCAAAGAGGUAGCCCAGCUCACCAGUGAGUUCCUCGAGUACCAGCUAGCUGGGGAAGGGGAGAAAGGAGAGGAAGAGAAUGGCUGUGAUAAAGGUGUCCAGAAUGGCUUCACCACUAUCACACUUGAGCAACAUUGGAGCACUGUGCUGAAGGCCGUAGGGUCCAACACCAUUUUCAGAAAACUGGUGUUGACCCUUCUAGCCUUCCCCUGUCCACCGCUUGAAGCUAAGAAUGUCUUUGUUCAGGCCAUGGAAACUGGGGAAUCUGCUAGGUUGUCUGAGAGUGACGACAUAAAAGAGAGUGAGGCAGAAGUUGAUGUCACCACUGACUCAGACUGCACUACCCUGCAGUCCCCUACCAUUAGAUCAAAAAAGAAGAAAGCCAGCAGCACCAUGUCAGCAGUGAAUGGCCUUAAUUGGACAAUGAAGCCAUGCUCAGUGCGACUGGAGAGGACUGUCAGACCAAAGAAUGGUCCGGAUGGUGUCUUUGUAGAGGAUGACAUCAUUUGGACAAACUCUGUACAAGAGGGCACGAUUAGAGGCAUUUAUGGCUGGGAAAGCAGCUUGCGCCAGAGGCCACAGGCACGUACAAUGUUUCAGGCUGGAGCUAGCACCUGGGUCGAGCCUGAGUGUCUUGAUAAAAACAGCAGAAAGGCCCUGGAUUCCCAGGAGUCGGAGAAAAGUGAAAGUCCCACAAGCACUCCAGGCCACAAGACCAGGAGGAAGGCAAAUUACUACCAGGAUGGAAAGGGGUUCCUCUCUGGAGAGCUGGUGUGGGGGAAGGUGAAGGGCUUCUCUUGGUGGCCUGGUCUAGUUGGGCCCUGGAAGUCUAAAGCAACUUCUUCAGGCAUGCGGAGGGUUGAAUGGUUUGGAGAUGGAAUGUUUUCUGAGAUAUACACAGAGAGGCUUUUGCCGUUUGCUGCUUUUGCCAAGUGCUUCUGUAACGAUUCAUAUACCGGCUUGCCUGCCUACAAGGAUGCCAUUUAUCAGAUCCUAGAGUUAGCAGGAGAGAGGUGUAAGAAAUCCUUUGACUUAUCGUCUGGGAAUAAGGAAGAUGAGGCGAAGGGGAUGCUGGAAUGGGCCUUUGGAGGAUUCCUUCCCUCUGGACCUGAUGGAUUUUUGCCCCCUGACAAUUCUGUUGCCAAGGCGGAAUCCUCUUCAGACUCCCCUCUGUCAGACUACCAGCCCCCUGCAAAGAGGAAGUAUGUUCAAAAGACCAAAGUCCAUGUGAUGCAGACCAACAGCAGCAGAGAGGAAAUGGCGGAUGAGGUUUCAACGAAAGGGAAGAAAAUUGAGGAUUUCUGUUUGUCAUGUGGGUCAUCUAUUGUUGAGAUCUGCCACCCAUUGUUUGAAGGUAGUCUGUGUCUGAAGUGCAAGGACAACUUCAUUGAAACCCUGUAUCGGUAUGAUGAGGAUGGUUACCAGUCCUAUUGCACAGUGUGUUGUGCAGGACUAGAGGUUAUCUUGUGUGGCAAUGCCAGCUGCUGCAGAUGUUUUUGUAAGGACUGUUUGAAUAUAUUAGUCGGACCAGAGACCUUCGACAAACUGAAAGAUGUGGAUCCCUGGAGCUGUUACAUGUGUCUGCCCUCUCAGUGCAAUGGUUUACUCAAGCUCCGUCCUGACUGGAGUGUGCGAGUGCAGGAGUUCUUUGUUAACAACAGCGCAUUGGCAUUUGAGCCUCAUAGAGUUUACCCCUCCAUCCCCACCCAUCAACGCAGACCAAUCAAGGUGCUGUCCCUCUUCGAUGGCAUUGCCACAGCAGGGUAUCUUGUGCUUAAAGACCUGGGUUUCAAGAUUGAGCGUUAUGUUGCCUCAGAAAUCUGUGAAGAUUCCAUCACUGUGGGCAUGAUCAAGCAUGAGGGGAAGAUAGAAUAUGUGAAUGAUGUACGCACGAUCACGAGGAAACAUCUGGCUGAAUGGGGUCCCUUUGACCUGCUAAUUGGAGGAAGCCCAUGCAAUGAUCUAUCAAUGGUCAAUCCUUUACGCAAGGGAUUAUUUGAAGGAACUGGAAGACUGUUCUUUGAGUUUUACAGAAUGUUGACAAUGAUGAGGCCCAAGGAUGAUGAUGAUCGUCCUUUCUUCUGGCUUUUUGAGAAUGUGGUUGCCAUGAGUGCAAUCGACAAGGCUGACAUAUGUCGCUUCCUUGAGUGUAAUCCCAUCCUCAUUGAUGCGGUGAAGGUCAGUCCUGCUCACAGGGCACGCUACUUCUGGGGGAACCUCCCAGGCAUGAACAGACCUCUGGCUACUUCUCUCGAUGACAAAGUUGAACUGCAAGAUUGUCUGGAGACUGGGCGGACAGCAAAGUUCAACAAAGUGCGCACCAUCACCACCAAGUCCAACUCCAUCAGACAGGGGAAAAUGGGCCCACUGCCAGUCAUCAUGAACAAUAAGGAAGACUACCUGUGGUGCACUGAGAUGGAGAGGAUCUUUGGCUUUCCAAAGCACUACACGGAUGUGAAUAACAUGGGCCGGGCUCAGAGACAAAGAGUCCUGGGUCGUUCCUGGAGUGUUCCUGUGAUUCGGCACCUCUUUGCACCGCUGAAGGACUACUUUCUCUGUGAAUAGGGAAGGGCUGUAGACCAGGACUACUUCCUUUGUGAAUAAGGAAGGGCUGUAGAUCGAUUCCAUAUGUUUACCUGGUCACAUAUCAAGACAGACAGACAAUUGUCCAUUCUUGCCUUUCAGUGAAUCAAACUACUCAGUGUAUUAGGCGGACCUUAUUAUCGUUUUUAUAAUGGUUUUAACUGUUUUCUCCACUGAUAGGAAGCUGUAUCAAUUGUUAGGCAGUUUUGUUAAUUUCAUGUUUGCCUUAAUGUGUGGAAUAUUCUCAGAAAGCACAGACACUUUUCGGUUCUUUUUGUGCAUGAGGUGUAGUUUAAGUGUUCUCAGUAUCUGGUCAACAGUGAUGUUAUCAAGCAAACUUUGCCUACCACAGAGAUCUACCUCAACACUGAUAUUUUGGUCCAAAAUCUACAGAAACAACCAUAUCUCUAUUUAAUGAAGUUUUAUGAAAAUGCUUCCUUCGAAUGGAUUUUCUUAAUUGAUGUUUUUGUGUAGUGUUUUUAGUUGAUUCAAGUGUAAUCAUGCUCACAUUGAUCAUGUUGCUAGAAUUUUAUGUAUGUUUUUAAUUCGGCAGUCACACUGGCAGAUAAUUGGCCUUGUCAUUCCAGAUUUUAAUCCCUCUCAACAGGUAUCAUGGAUAUUGUUAUAAUGUAUUAUAAUGUAGGUUGAAAACUCAGUGAUCAUGUAUGCAUCCUUUGACAGGUUGUUUGUAAACAACUUGUUUUUAAUCUUUGAGCAGUCAAAAAUCACAAGUGCCUGCAAAAAUAACAUUCUUGGUAUCUUUUUUUCCUUCCAAUAUUUUCAAGGUAGCUUUUAGUGACAGUAUGGAAUCUAUGAACCAUAGUUUGAAUUUUUAGAUUAACAUAAAUAUAGCAUUUAAGAGGGUGCAGCUUUGGUAAUGAAACUAAUGAUUGAAUCCAAACUAUCUGUACUGGUGCUCCAUAAACUAUGGAAAUAUUUCAGAGAUGUUUAUAGAUGUUUUUGGUGUCUCAUCUAACUGUUAAAUAACCCUAUCAGUUUGCAUGUAUGUGACAUAUCCAAUAGUCAGUUUAAUGUGCCGUAUGCCUCCUAUGUUCUUUCAAUAUGUUUUGUUAUCGAAUUUCCUUUCAACAGCUUUGUUUGAUGCUUACUAAUACUGUGCAUAAAACCCAAUACAACUAUGAAACAGUAAUAACAUUGUAUGUAUCCACCUAUCUCAAUUGGUGCUAACACUAAUGGUUGAAAUAUCCAACAAUACUGGUGCUUUUGAAUAGAUACAGAGUUGAGUUUUGUAGAAUUGGUAUUGGUUGUUGGGUGUGUCUGCCAUCCUCCAAUUCCUCAUUUUCUGUAGGCCUGUCUAUAGUUGUUCAUGAUUGUGUGCUGUUUUAGGUCAAACUCUAAAAAGUACUGCCAGGUGGCCUCCCUCAGGACACUGGUAGGCCUAUCUGUCUCAGUUAAGAGCAUAGUUUUUGGUGAGUGGACAAUUUUUAUAAAUGUGAAAUUGUUUUUUUUAUGGUGAUUGUUUAUAUUCAGAUGAGAAAUAAAUUAAUUAAUUAUG